AACAAUGAGUGAAACGUACUAGCCCCGAUAUCAGAGUAUGGACUGCAUUGACAGAGUAACAUCCUGUGGGCCUAUCAGAACCGGCCAAACUCAGGUCAAACACUCUGAUCUUAUCUCCUCAGUGACCUCCGGACAGGCUUCACGUCACUGCUCCGCUCCUUUUCACGCAGAACCUCAAAAGAACCAAGAGCCUGCGUCACCGGCCUCCCUCCUCUGUGUGUGUGCCCAUGUGUGUGUGUGUGUGCCCAUGUGUGUGUCCAUGUGUCUCAGUCACAAUGCUCAGUGAGUGGACUUUGAUUUGACCCUCCGUACUGAAGCACACAGAAACGCCUCUCUGUGCCGGCCAUAAAAAAGACUCCGGUAAAUAUAUAAAUACAGAACUCCACAUCCCUGUCUCCUCUCUGGGCCCUGGAUUAUGAUCUGAACCAACCGGACCAAUAAAAAAGAGGAAAAAAACAUUAAAGAGCGAUGGUCGGACUGAAGCCCUCAGACGUGCCCCCUCCUCUGGGCGUGAAGAUGGCGAGUGCGGGGGCAGCGGCCUGUAUCGCCGAUUUAGUCACUUUUCCUCUGGACACAGCCAAAGUGCGGCUCCAGAUCCAGGGAGAGAAGAGCGCCGUGCAGAACAUCCGAUACAGAGGCGUGUUUGGGACCAUCGCCACCAUGGUGCGCACGGAGGGACCACGCGCUCUCUAUAACGGGCUGGUGGCAGGACUACAGAGACAGCUGUGUUUCGCCUCGGUCAGAAUAGGCCUCUAUGACAACGUGAAGGACUUCUACACAGGAGGAAAAGAAAAUCCCGGGGUGCUGGUGCGGAUCUUGGCCGGCUGUACCACAGGGGCCAUGGCGGUGUCCUUCGCUCAGCCUACAGAUGUGGUGAAGGUGCGAUUCCAGGCUCAGGUGAAUCUGGACGGCGUGGCUCGGAGGUACAGCGGCACCAUGCAGGCGUACAGGCACAUCUUCCAGAACGAGGGCCUGAGAGGGCUGUGGAAAGGCACACUUCCCAACAUCACUAGAAAUGCACUGGUGAACUGCACAGAGCUGGUGACCUAUGACCUGAUCAAAGAGGCCAUCCUCAGACAUAAGCUCAUGUCAGAUAAUCUGCCGUGCCACUUCGUCUCAGCUUUCGGGGCAGGGUUUGUUACCACGGUGAUCGCUUCCCCAGUGGACGUUGUCAAAACCAGAUACAUGAACUCUCCUCCUGGGCAGUACAAAAGUGCCAUUAACUGUGCCUGGGUGAUGAUGACCAAAGAGGGACCCACAGCGUUCUACAAAGGGUUUGUGCCAUCGUUUCUCAGGCUGGGCUCCUGGAACAUUGUGAUGUUUGUGUCGUUUGAACAAAUCAAGAGACUUAUGAUGGUCACCAAGAAAAAGAUGGAGACCACCGCCUAAAGUCUGUUCUAUAAAGUGACUGAAAACCUCUGAGGUUUGCAUGCCUCAUCCUCAAAGCCUUAUAUCAGCAGUAUUCCUGUCCUGUGACAGCACAAGUCCUUUGUUUAAAAAGGGAAUCUAAGACAGACCUCGUACUAUUAUGUAACUUAGAGUUCACAUAUGCAAUCUUUAUAUUUAUCCAUUUACAUGAGCACAUAUGGGCAUUUGGGCUGCAGUUUUAGGCAGCCAAAAACAAUGCACCAAAUCCACAUGAACAAACGUCUGUGUUAGACAUAUUAAAUAUGUUUUAUAAA